AGCCUGCCGAGUGUCUCCCCGUGUGUGAGGAUUCAGUGUUGGUGUGGGGGAGGGACCGGGAGGAAGGAGGGGGUUUUGUUUGCUUCCUCGCUUCGCUGUUACUACUGAUUCGGCCUCGGGCGGGCGCCCGGAAAAGACCAGGAUGUCUUCCCAGCCGCGCGUCAGGCGCAGCGGCUCCCCGACUUCAGCCACCUCCGCGGGGGGAGGGGGAGCCGCGGCCGUGACGGCGACUACGGCGGCGGCGGCGGCGGCAGGCGGGGCAGCCGGCACCAACAGCCGCCUACAGCCUAUGCGGGCCACUGUGCCUUUCCAGCUUAAGCAGCACGGCAGUCCCACGAGGAGCGGCAGCGGCGGCAUUCCACGAGGGGCGGCGGUGGCGGUAGCAGCAAACGCCCCACUCCAACCGUCGCCGCCGCCGCCUCCCUUGCCUUCCGCGCGUGCCACCAGCCCCACGCGAUCGGUGCUUGGUAGCGGCAGCAAUGCUGGCGCGCGCGGGGGCAACACCAAUCUCAGCAGCAGCAGUAGCAAUAGUCCGGCCGUGGGCACGCAGACGCUUCUCGGGGCGGGCGUCUCCGCCACAGGGGCACCUUCCUUGUCCUCUUCCUCGGGCUCCGCGCGCGGCAGCCCUACGGGCGGGGGAGGGGCGCGUAACAGCCCCCCUCGCCUGCCGGCGCCGCCCCUACCCGGUUCGACGCCCUCGCCUUGCUCGUCCCCGGUUUCGCCACCGGUGCCUGAAGGCAGUGCCUGUGCCGCCGCCGUCUCAACGGGAGGAAAAAUCCGGCAUCGCCAGCGACGGCAUUCGCCGGAGCAAAACAGGGCCUCUCCGGAGAGAAAGAGCCCUAGUUCGCCUGUUUGUAAAGAUAAACCACGGCCACCAUCAUCAAGCCCUUCUAGUAUUUCCCGCCGUACCCCUUCAUUAGACAUACUUGCUGCUCCGUAUCUUGCUGGGCAAUGGCCUCGUGAUAAUCAUGGGCAAGUCACACCUUGUAUGAGGGAUAAAGCCACACAGACUGAGAGUGCUUGGGCUGAAGAAUACUUGGAAAAGAAAAAGGGAUCUCAUAAGCGCUCGGCAUCUUGGGGCAGCACAGACCAACUCAAAGAGAUUGCAAAGUUACGUCAGCAACUGCAAAGAAGCAAACACAGCAGCAGACACCAUCGUGAUAAAGAAAGACAGUCUCCAUUUCAUGGUAAUCAUGCAGCUAUUAACCAGUGCCAGGCUCCAGUCCCAAAGAGCAUGCUGGUUCCUGUGAUACCAAUAGCUAAGUCAAGUGGAUCCCGUUUCCGUAAUAGCAUAGAAGGGCUGAAUCAGGAGAUUGAAAUAAUUAUAAAAGAGACUGGAGAGAAAGAGGAACAGCUUAUUCCACAAGAUAUUCCAGAUGGGCAUCGAGCACCACCUCCUUUAGUGCAGCGUAGCAGCAGUACUCGCAGCAUUGACACACAGACUCCGGGUGGAGCAGACAAAGGCAGUAACAACAGCAGCCGAUCUCAGUCUAUUUCCCCAAGCUCCUUCCUUGCUAUCUCCAAUGAGGGCAGUGAGGAGAGCCCUUGCUCUGCAGAUGACCUGCUUAUGGAUCCCAGAGAUAAAGAGAAUGGAAACAAUUCUCCUCUGCCCAAAUAUGCUACAUCACCAAAACCUAACAAUAGCUAUAUGUUCAAACGUGAACCUCCUGAAGGCUGUGAGAAAGUCAAAGUGUUUGAGGAAAGCUUGCCAAAACCUUUGCAUGAAAUUCCAGCCUUUUAUUGUCCUGACAAGAAUAAAGUUAACUUUAUUCCUAAAAGUGGCUCUGCCUUCUGCCUUGUCAGCAUUCUCAAGCCCCUUCUUCCCACACAAGAUCUUACCCUCAAAGGUGCUACUCAUAAUCUGACCGUCACGACUGGUAUGACACCCACGCUGCUGCAACCUCUUUCCAUGGCCUCCCUUUCAGCAAACACAGACCAAGAGCGCCUCUCUCGUGGAACGAGCAAAGUAAUAUCACAGAUGUCUGUGCUCCAGCAGUCAGGACAUAGUGAAGAAACUGAAGGAUAAGCUCCACGUGGCUAAUGGAGGGGGGAGGGGAUUUUAUGGAAACAACUGUGAUUAAACUUUCUAGAUGACAUCUCUUUGUAUCACAACAGCUGAUGGUUCUAUAAACAGGUCAUAGGUAGUAUCUUACACACCAUGCCACGAAUGUCAGCCUCCAGUGAGAUCUAGGAAAAAAGGAGCAGCAGAGGGCCAAAUGUAUUUGUCUUGGGAUGGAUGCAGACUCUGAGCAUGCUGCUUUGGUACCAUAAAGAAGAUCUCCACAAUUCCUGACAACUGGAGGGACCAGUUUUUUUUCUGAUACUUCUGUGCUUCAGUGUAAACUUUGAGUUUGAACAAUGAAAAAGACAUCCCAACUUUUCUUAGCAGAAUAUCUGUUUUCCGGAGAAAAAAAAGGAAAUCAUUAAUUCAUAUGAAGAUAGUAUUUACAAAUGUGCAUUUUUAAGAAAUUUCAUCAUCAUCAGGAUAAUUGCACUUUUCUUGCUACAUUUUUUUCACUGGGACCAAUGGAUUAAAACUUUUUCAGUAUUCUGUCAUCAGACCAGCUGAUUUUGCUCCUUUCCCCAGAUUAGUGUAACAUCAUUCAGACAAAGAAAAAAAGCAAUAUUGUCACACCUUGAAAGGGUUGAGAAAGGGGAAAAAGCACGUGUGGAAUUUCUUGUCUGAAAAUAGCAUUUUAGUGCACUUCAGCUAAUCAUGUCAUGAUUUAUUCCUAAUGUUGUAUUUCAGGACAUAUUUCCAUCCUUUUUCCCCAGAACGCCAAUUAAUUGUCACAACGGUGCCUCUUGGGACUACUUAGUUUUUUAAGUUACUGUCAAAAUCUUGAAUUGCCUUUGGCAUAUAUACCUGAUUCUAUCAUGUCUUGCCACUAUACUAUAUAAACCCUAUAGUCAUAUGAUCUUAAAAGGGCCAUGCAUGCAUGGUGGUUUUUUUGCUUGUCAAAGUACUGUUUUGUGGGUCUGUUGAGGGUAAUAGUUUGUUGGGCAUGAUAUUGUUGAAGCAAUUUAUUUCAAUGGACAUGUCUCCUUUUGGAGUAGCAAUAUUGUUAGGGUGUUAAGCUAAGAAUCUUUUUAUGCUUUCAUUGAUGUGGCCCAUUUCAUUUUUAGUACUUUUUUAAAUGAACUAUACUUAUGGAAGAAUUAAAGAUAAGAAAUUUCUGUUAUGUUUGCUUGUGAAAGGGUCUGAGCUAAUAUGGAUAGAAAAGUGUAUUUACCAAGCUGAUUAAAUGGCACAAGAUAGAGCCGUUGGGGGAUAGUUAGAGAGAAGUUAGAAAACAAUAUAUUCUGGUAUCUUUAAGUAAAUAAAAGUAUCAUAGCAGUGUAACCUAUUCCAGACUGGUAGGUAAAUGGACAUAGCAACAUCAGUAAUGUUUUUGAUGCAAUGUUAGUUGGAAAUGAAACACAUCCACCUCAAGUAGAUCUUCGAUUUGUUUUGUUACAUUAGUAAUACAAUAUUUUAAAUAAUUACCCCUACAUUGUUUGGAUUCUUGGUUCUUGCUAAAUUUAAUCAACUGAGUAAAAACUUGCAUUUUGAUUUACCCAGAUAGGUGGUUGGUUUGUCCAUUUAACAACCUAGGUUCUGAUGCAGGAAUGUUAAUGUUAUUAUAUAGCUGUUAGUUUUUAAAGUACCAAAACACUUCUUCGCGUUUGCUGCCACAGAAGCCUGUUCUGGUAUUUUCUGAAUGCAUGAACAUGGAGGGGAGAGCGGAGACUGCACUUAACAUAGCCCUCAGCCUGACAUACCAGUAGAAGCUCUAAAAGAUCUGGACUUGCAUGCAAGAUCACAUAGGUUGUUUAUUGUGGUUCUGCAUUCUGCUGUAAUCCAUUCCUACAGCAAAUGAGAAGUAUGUGCUUUUAUGGUACAUGAAUGUACCAGAAUAAAGCUCUUCAACUUUUUUCCUGAACAUAAUGGAGAUUUGUGAGAGUGGACAUGAUGUUAUAUGCCUAGGUCUGUUUUCUCUCCAUCGGUCCAAGCAAAUGCAUGAAGAGGCUGGACAGACACAACACUAUCCUUCUGGAAGUCUUUUUAAAGUAUUAUUUGAUUGCUGUUGUAUUUUGGUCCUAUAUUGUAUUGCUUUAUUUUUAUUUCUGUUUUAUUCUGUAUUCAGAUAUUUUAGCAGAGCAAAAUAGUCUUACACCCAUUCCACAGUCUUAAAUUUGUGGGUCAUCUAGAUUUACUGUAUGAAACAUAAUGGGAGAGCUAAGUAUUUCUUACUUGACUUAAUGAUAUUUUAAUUUUAGUUUAAAGCAGAUGUAGGUUGUGUGAGAGAACAGUACCAUGCAGAAAAAGGGCAUUGCUCAAACAAUGUGAAGCCCCACAUAUUCUAGACACAUAUGUGCAUUCUCAAAAUGUUUAAUGCUCCAGCUUUAUGAAACAAGAGAGUUGGAUUAUAUUUGUGCAAAAGGAUAUCUGCACUUUAUCUAAAUCCAUUCCUGUUGUUUCAUGUUAAAGAGCAGCUUUGAUUUGAUAGACUGUGUCAAAUCCUUCAGGUGAUUUAUGGAAAUAUUAAAGGGCCAAAUUUCCAUUAGGAAUAAUGAAAAAGAGUGAAAUCUUUUAGACAUGAUUUUCACUGUCCUCGUUGAUGCCAGAACAAAUGUUAAUAGUAAAUGACUCUCAAGACAUUUGAGGCUGGCCUUCAAAUGCACAUUUAAAAAACUGACACUUCAACUUUUAUUAAGAGAACAGAAUUUAUUUAGCCCCUAUGAUUGUAAUAAUUUGAGGAUUCGUAUAUUAUAACCAGCAAGGGCUUAAUUAAAGCACUUCUACUUUAAUGCAGUGAGAGGACUCAAUUGAUUUGCAGUCACAAGAUGUUACCUCAUAGUAAGCAUAGUUCUCAUUUAGAACAGCAGUUUUUUUGUUUCUUCAAACCUCAGAUUAGCUGUCUGUGUGGUACCCUUCUGUGGUAUGUGAGCAUUUAAGCUAAUGAUUUCAAGAGAGGUAGGAAUGAUAAAGUUCAAGAAAAUUGUAAAAGCAAGGCAGAUAACUUGGACUCUUUUCCAGAGUCAGAGGCUUUGUACUUCCAAGUCACAUGGAGAAUUUAUAGCAUUCCUCUUUCUUCCAAAUGCAGCUAAGAACUUGGGAGAUUGUUGAGAAGCAUUUUCUAGGAGUUGGUUUGAGAAAGAAGAUAAUUUCUGUGCCUUUUAUGAUUCAUGGUUAAUAGUACACAAGGGCUAUAUAUUUGAAGAAACAAGAAAGGAUAAUUCCUCUUAUUUUUAAAGGCAGUGACCAAAGUGGAACUGGAUAUUCUUCAUGUACUCUUGCCCAUUGUUCUACCAAUAUUUCCUACUUUCAUUAAAAGGAGGGGAAUACAUCUUAUUUUCACCCAACAUGUAGAGAAGCAGCAACAUUGAGAUAAGGGGAGAAGAAAAACUGGGAAAAUGAAAGAAAGCAAAACAGAUUACCCAAAGGACAGGUUUCUGAUGGCAAAAUGAGAAUCAAGGAACAAUCCAUAAAGAAAGAUAGACUUCUCUUUAACCUUGUGCCUCUUUGCAAGUUUAAAUUAGCUAAAAUAUAUACUAAAUGAGUUGCAAGUUUUUGGAGAUAAAAAUCCAGAAAAAUGAGACAGAAAAAUAAUGGCCUGUUUAAUAUUGUUAGAAGUUGACUGCUGACAUGCAAAUUGAAUAGAAGUGGUCAUAUGGCAAGGAUUCCUGAAAUCUCUCAAAACCAGAAUUGAUUAUUGUAUCCUGUAUUUGGAAAUAGGAAUCACAACAUAGUAAAGUAACUCUUAUGUGAAGAUAUUAAAAAUCCAAUGUCAACUGAUUUGCAGUCAUGUUCAGUGUAGCCUAUAACA